AUGUUGCAGUUCGUAGCUAUUAUGCUGGAUAUGCGUUUUGAAGCUGUAGAUUCAGUAGAUGAGAAAUGUGCUCUCUUGCGGAUGUGGGCACUUCCAUUGAUUCUGUGUGUGGGAGUAGCGGUCGCGUCGGACUGGAAGGUGACAAAAGUUGACAGGACCAUCGACCUUUCAUCACAGAUAGUGAAAAUUUCUUCACAGCUGACGCUGGUGAAUGUAGGAACAUCGGAAGCCAAUUCAGUUGAGGUGUUACUUACCAAAGAAGAAAACGAACAUCUCUCUUACAUCUCAGCCCAAGAGGGUAAUAGCAAAGGAAAGUUGAAGAUUUCAAAACAGGCACUGGAAAAGCAAGGGUUCAAGGUCUACAAAAUCGAAUUGCUAAAUCGAGUACCUAAGGAUGGUGAAGUGAAGGUGAAGGUUGAGCUCAGAUUGACUGAACUACUGAGGCCGCUUCCCGAGAAAAUAACUCAGAAGGAAAAUCAGUUUGUCGUUUACCACGGGAAUGCCCACUAUGCAGCGUCGUACCCAGUUGUCGAAGAAAAGACUACGGUUAAACUUGGUUCCGGUAAAACUAUGUCAGUCACACAGGUUCUGCCAACGAAUCAUGAAAAUGAAAGAGUUGUGUACGGCCCAUACAAGGAUCAGCCAGCAUUUAGCACCAAGUCUAUAAAGAUCCACUAUGAAAACAACGCACCGUUUGUGGUGGCUACAGUAGUCGAGCGCACUAUUGAGGUUUCUCACUGGGGUAACAUUGCUGUCGAGGAGUACAUUGAGCUGGUGCACAAAGGAGCAGAGUUGAAGGGACCUUUCUCGCGGAUCGAUCAUCAGAUGGACCGCCGAGGACGGCGCCAACCAGCCUUGCUACAUUUUACAACGGUUUUGCCGGCAUCUGCGAAGGACAUUUACUAUAGAGAUGAGAUUGGGAACAUUUCCACGUCAUCUGUACGACUUCGUGCGGAUUCGGUAGAUGUCGAAAUCAAACCUAGGUUCCCUCUUUUUGGAGGAUGGCGGACAUCCUAUGUCAUUGGCUAUAAUGUGCCUUCCUUUGAAUAUUUAUACAAUAAAGGAAACGAUUAUGCGCUGAAAAUGCGUGUUUUGGAUCAUGUAUUCGACAACGUUGUGGUGGAAAAGCUUACAACGAAAAUCAUUCUUCCCGAAAUGGUCAGAAAAAUAAGACUUACCACACCUUAUACUAUGGAUCGUCGACCUGAUGAAGUACGCUUCAGUUAUUUGGAUACAUCAGGUAGAACUGUCGUUGUGCUUCAGAAGGAUAAUCUUGUUCCAGAGCACAUUCAGUCUUUCACGCUGUUCUACGAAUUCGAAUAUUCGCAAAUGGUACGUGAGCCACUGCUUGCAACGGCGUUUUUCUUUGCUCUUUUCACUGCUGUGAUCAUUUAUGUGCGGUUUGACUUUACAAUUGUUGCAGAUCCUGCACGUGAAGCACGCGAACGUAUUCAAGGCAAAGUGUCAACGCUGACCCAACUCGUUGAUAAGAAAAACCGCACUUUUUCUCAAUUUCUUAAUGCUGUAAGCCAGUACAAGACAUCCCGUGAUGUGACGGCACUGCAGGAUGGAAAGAAGAAGCUUGAGACCGAUCGUACAGAAGUGAAUGGAAAGCUAACAACAGCGAUUGCUGCUCUGAAAGAGGAUUGUCAGGAGUCGUUCGAGAAGGCACAGGAACUACUGAAGUAUGAGAAGUCGAUCAUGGACUCGCUAGACGGAUACAUAACAAGCGUGCAAAAAAGUCAGCAAAAGUCCGCAAGUACAGAGGACACGCAAUUCACACAGAAAGUCGCUGAAGCGCGCACGCGCUCUGAAGCACUACUGGCGUCGCUUUAA